AUGCUAACGCCAUGGCUCCGCUCAACGCAGUGUCUGCGGUCAGUAGUUUCACUCCUCGUGCCUUUCAGACCUUGCAGUACUUGUAGUAGUAGCAGCAGGGGCGACCUCGAUCCAGCGGCGGCCAUCGCGCGGCUGCGCCGUUACGUCCCACCGCCCUUCCCGCUCUGGGACCGCCUGCCCGUCAGCCGUCGUGCCGCUGUUCUGAUCUUGCUGUACGCUGAUCGAAAGGGUGACUUGCGUGUAGUCAUCACCAUGCGCGCCGCGAGCCUGCGGAGCUUCUCCGGGCACGCGGCCUUCCCCGGAGGCAAGGCAGACACCCUGCAAGAGACGCCGUACGAGAUAGCCAGGCGAGAAGCGUGGGAGGAGAUAGGACUCCCCAUGGACGACGCCCGUAUCCCGAAGCCGUUCAAGAUCGAACCGCUUUGCUACCUGCCCUACAACCUCGCGCGGACGGAGCUCGUCGUGAGACCGUGCGUGGCCUUCCUCCACGCCGACGAGGAACCAGAUGAGGACCACCCCAGCCCACUCGUCGAGGAGCGCAUGAUCCCGCGCCUUGACGCCAAGGAGGUUGCCGCCGUCUUCUCGGCCCCUUUUCAGAACUUCCUGAGGGCAAAGGACGCCGAGCCUCAUGGCCAGAACAAGUCGCUUCCCCCGGGCCACUGGUACGACGGCAACUGGAUCCAGUGGAAGGAGCACCCCUGGCGCGUACACAACUUCUACGUGCCCGUCGACGACCAGCGCGUCACGACACCGAGCAACGCCAUGGACGCGGACCACCCGCAGAGCAACCUUGCUGAGAAGCUCGAGGAGGAAGGGGAGAAAGGGGGUCGGUUUAAAGUGUGGGGUCUCACGGCGCACAUGCUCGUCGAUGCGGCCCGUAUCGCGUACGGCAAGAACCCCGAAUUCGAGUGCAACCCGCACUUUGGCGACGAGGACAUCAUCUUGCAGGCUGAGAAAGAGGGCAGUCUCGUUGAGAAGAAAAGAAAGCGAGAUGAGGAUUCGACGACGGUCACGACGGAGGAGAACAGCAAAGACGCCAAGACGGAGCCUGCUAAGAUGUAG